AUGAGCCAGUUUGAGACGAGCUCUUACUCCUGCACUGAGGACAUGAUCUUCCGCUUCCACGAGAACUUACAGUCAUGCUUCCGAAAUGUAGACUCUAAACCGGCCGCAACAAAUGAGGAUACGAGCCUGAAACGCGAUGAGAUCUGGAAGGCUCUCACAGAUAACUAUGGCAGUGUGAUGCCGGUGGACUGGAGUCAGUCUAGGGUUUGCUCACUUCACCUCUCAGCGCUGAGCAUUGAGGACAGAGCGCGGAUGGAGAGUGUGAACCUGGACCUGUCUGAUGAUGAGGACCUGAGGGAGCAGAUGGACAUGCACUCCAUCAUUGUGUCCUGCAUCAACGAGGAGCCGCUGCUCACUGCUGAACAGGUGAUUGAGGAGCUAGAGGAGCUCCUGCAGGACCCCCCAGAGAUGGAAUCAGAGCUCUCGCUCAUCUCUCAGAAGACCCAGAGGUCUCACAGCAGCCAGAUCUACGAGGAGCGAGUGAGGCUGAUGUCUGCGCUGGAGCUGAACGAUGAGCUGGAGGACGUGGAGACGGCCAUACGCAGGUAUUCAGAGGAGCUGAUCCAGCAGCUGGCCUUCAGGGAUGAGCUGGAGUUUGAGAAGGAGGUGAAGAACAGCUUCAUCGCGGUUCUCAUAGACGUACAGAACCGGCUGAAGGUCCACCGAGAGAUGCUGAAAAAGAAGAGGAAAAUGUCUGGAUCAGAGAGGCUGCCGUCUUCUCGCUUCAGCAUGGAGGGAAUCUCUUCUGCCAUUCAGAAUGGGCUUCGCCACACUUUUGGCAAUGUGCGUGGAGAGAAACAGAUGUGUGUAACAACAGUCAUCCUUUACGAGAGGAAAGACGGGCCGCGAUCACUCCAAGACCUUCAGAUUUUUACCAAAAUUUUAGAAGCCAUGAGAGAUGACGGCGAUAAAGUCCCAAGUCUCCUCACCGACUACAUCCUCAAAGAAACAAGCUUCUAUAUGGUCCUGUGA